ACUUCCACAUCUCGGGCCGACUCUAAAACUAUAUUAUUUAUUCUGUACCUUGAAAGUUCCUCGGGAAAGGACGCUAGAACCCUGCAGGCGCACAACCCUUAUUUAUUUCUUCCGCGGAACCCUCCUCCGCAAAAAGCGCGGAAAUUAAACUUCCGGGAGGUUAUUUGGAUGUUUUCGGUACAAAGAAGAAUGUAAUGGAAAAAGUUGUUGAAAAACAUAUUAAUAAAUUUGUGAAUAUGAUCGUGGAGCGGUGUUUGAAGUCACAAUGGAGUGAAGCCGACAUUUUGUGAGGAGAAUUUAGUAAUUUUUUUGCGGGUCUGUAUAUAGGCGGCUACAAGUGCACGUUACAACAGCCGCGCGUGAGAUAUACUACCCGUCUCUUUAUAAUUAAGUCAUACUAACCCGCUGCCAAAAAGAUUACAUCCUCAUCAUAUACAUACUUCUUAUAUCUAUGAUUACAUCUCUCACAUACAAUCGAUCGAUCUAUGAAUCUACUUAAAAAACGCAAACACUUUCAAAGUAUUAAUAAAACCAAACAUAAAUAAUGCGCAUAUUGGUGUCGGUCGCGCGGCGGGGCCGGCCGGGCCGGCGGUGGCGGGCUGGCGGGCGCCGGCUGCGCCCGGCCGGCCCCGCGCCGCGCGUCAGUCGCCGCUCGCGCCAGCAUGGAGCACCUCAUCGCCGCCGUGCGCAACUACCCCUGCCUGUGGAACACCACGGCUAUAGAAUAUCGCGACCAAGAGCUCAAAGACGCCGCCUGGGCUGAGGUCAUGAAGGAAACUAGUCUAUCAUCAGUAAAAGAAGUAAAACUGAAAUGGAAAAAGCUUCGCGACUCUUACCGAGAUGCGCUAAAACGCCAAUCGGAAAUGAUGUCCCGUGAACCCUCGGCCCGUAAGAACUACCCCUGGAAGUACAUGCAACACAUGACCUUCCUGCAGCCUCACAUGUCAGCGAGAAAGAAGCCUGAGGAACCACCUCCGCCGGUGCAGAACGGGCAUGAGGAUCAUGAGGAGCAGGAGGAGCAGAACGGGCACACGGGGUCGAGUGAGGACUCGGAGACAGAGGAUGAAGAGCCGAAGAGGAAGUCGCAGCUAACGGUUAUUGAUAGGAAGUUGGAUUAUUUGUGUAAGGCAUCAGGCAAGCGGCGCUCCGGAUCCUGGCGACGGCGGUCGUCUCCCGCACAACCAGCACCGGACCCCAUCGACAUCUUCUUCAACAGCAUGUGUCAGUCCACCAAGCGGUUUCCAUAUCCUGCGCAAAUCAAGAUAAAACGCGUGUUAUUCGACGCAGUAUUAGCCGCUGAGGAGGCGCUGCUAGCCGAGCAGCAGAACUACGCCAGCCUGUGGGCCCGCGCGGCGUCAUCCUCCAGUAGUGAGGCUGAGUCAAAGCCCGAUCCCUCCUGAGCGCAGCAGCGCCAGUACCGCCGCUACCAGCGGUACUGUAGGUACCAGUACGCUUACGCGUACGGACUGAAGACUGAACCAUAGCAUGUGAAGCCGUUCUUUUCUUGGCUGCCACUUUUUUGACUUUUGCGUUCUGUGCGUUGCUGACGGAAAUAAUCAGUGUGUCAAGUCUCUAAAAGUCUACGCAAACUUUGUUUUUAAAGCCUGACAAGAUUCUCAUUCGUUUCAUUUGAUUUGGUUUUUUUGCAUGUUUGACAAUCUUUUUUGUAGUUUUUGUGGUAAAAUCGUAUAUAGUUGCGAAAUCUUCUUGUUGACAUCGGUGACAUUCGAUGACUUGAACGUCUGUUGUCAAAAAAUCACCUUGCUAGUAAAAUAAAUUAGUAUCAUUCAAAAUCCGCAACAUGGCGAUGGCCAAAUAAAAUCUUGUCACAUUAUAUAACCCUCUACAUUUUACUCUAUUACAUUUGAGUGCAUUUUAUCGAUACAGGUCUGAGAUUGGUGACUAGAUUUUAACUAAGUUCUUGUAAAGGCCAAAUACAAUAAUUAUUUUAAGAUAAGGAUCAACUAUUUUUGAAAAUGUUUCGUAGCUUUAGUAAGUACAGUCAGCGUCAAAUACUCUGUAGCAGUCAAAGUGGCCAAAUAGUUCGGUACACCAUACUAAAUAUAUGGUGUACCGAACUAUUUGACUACUUUGGUUGCUACAAAGUAUUUGACGCUGACUGUACCUACUUGGUACCUACCAUCAGUGGCCAGGGGCCACGACAGGGACACAUUAAGCGUCGACUUAACUAAAAAUAAAAACACAUUCGCCACUAGGCUACAGCCGUAGCGUACGUCAUAGCCGAUAACAUGAGUUUCCCGGUAUGAAGCGAAAAUGCUUCGUAGAGGCAAAACUACAACGUGUCGUGAUUAGCGCUGAAUGGGUUAAGUAGAAAUCAUAUGCAUAUUUGUAUAUUGACAUAAAAAAAACUGUUUUCGGCCUAAAAUUAUGAUCCUUCGAAAAGUGUUUUAUAUGAAGUUCUUUAUAAAAUAAUGUACAUAUAUGUAUUAAUAAUGUUUUACCAAGGAAACUAAGUUAUCCUGUAAAGUUCCACAAGUUAAAAAAAAACAUAAUCGUUGUUCCCUGAAUUAAAAUUAAAAUUUAAAAUAAUAAUUGAAAUAAGUCAAUUUUGAGGCAAAUACGUCUAUGGUACCUAAAAUAUUCACUAAAUCACGGACAAUAUUUUAGCAACAAUGGCGUAAGACCAAUAAAUAAUUAAUGUAAAAUUUAAAUUAAACCUGAAUGGGUGUGAAUUAGGUUAGUGCUAGAUUCUAAUUAUUAUUGAUAUUAGUAUCUGAUUACCAGUAAACAGUAUUGAUAUAAAUCCUUAGUUAAGCAUUUUAUACCUGUAUUUUUUAACGAUCUCAAAUUUGUAUAUAAAUGUACCAGUAAUUGAUAAAGUAUAAUAAUAGAGUAUAACCAUUUUAUUAAUAUCAAACACUGGUACAUUUACCCUAGAUUUUAUUUUAUACUAUGCAUUCUUUGAAAAAAUAGCGAUGCCAAUUACUGGAACGCUUACCCUUUAUUUUAUACGUAAUUAUUAAGACAAAUUCAAAAUCUAAAAUUCAUUAAGAGAUCGCCAAAAUUGGUUUUAGACUAACACUAUUUCUCGGGCCCAAUUUCUUGACUCUCUCCCUAACUAAUCUGACUAUUCCUGGGGGCCUAGCCAAGAUGGCAAUCGUUGAUAUGAAACGCCAAUUGAAUCUCAAAUGUAUGAAACCACGUGACUUUUCGUAGCAUCUGUCUUCCUGGUAUAUUUUUUCUUUUGGUUCGCGUUUGUAGAUGUACGAUUGUCAUCUUGGCUAGCCCCCCUGUACUCCCUAAAUGCCCUAAUUCCUUAUAUAUCGAGUAACCUGAUAAAUAGUGUAGUCUAAGGGCCGAUUUUUCAGUACCAUUUAACUCGUCCGAUAACUAUUCUAACGAAUUAAGUUAUGAGAAUGACACAUGAGAAUCGUGUUAUCAAUGGAACUGGGGACUGAAAAAUCGGCUUUAAAUUUACUUGAAGCCCUAUAAUUUGUACAGUAAAUUGUAAUAAAGGAAUUGAAUAAAAAGAGAAACGAGUAUUGGCGCAGUUUCUCUCCCCCUCCCGUUCCCCGCCCGCGGCUUGGACUAUAAAUACCUAAGUGGAGCGGUAUCGGCCGAUGACCUGCGAGCUAGAUUGAGCUCGGUAUAGGAUCGCUAGUUUGACAUGUGUGAUGUAUGAUGUACUAGGGCUACUUGAAGUCUAGGUGUCGUACCUAUACUUGUAUUAUACAGGAUAGCCCAAAAGUUGACAAAGAGUUUUUAGGAAUAUUUU